AUGAUAGCUUGCAGAAGGUCUCUCUCCAGAUUGGACCGAGUUCUCGAAUUUACUAAUACAUAUGCUGCAUCGAAUUCAAGGUUUACUCGUUAUUACUUUCAGGGCCAGAGUACUUAUCAUUGUUUAAGCUGCAAUUUUAUGACGAGUGGUAGGAAGAAGAAAAUUUGUCUUGACAACCACAGCAUGAAACAGAAAAAAAUGAAUUCUAUAUGGAGACCAGUUGCUACUAAUGCCAGUACUUCUGAAGAAAGCUUGAUAGAGGAUGCAAUUGUUGAGUUAGAUGGGGGCAAAGUUCAGGAAACGGGCUGUAGCACAUCUACCACUGUUUCAAAUGACCAUGUCGUAAAGGUAGCUUCUGAAGUUACAGAUGAAAUUGCUAAAUCAGCUACUAGUUCAAGCCAGUUGCAGGAUAAUGUUGAAAAUAGAGUGCUACAAGGAUUUUCAUCUGUCUCCUCCGAAAAACAUUCAAUUUCUGUGCAGGUUGGUGCUUCUCUAUGUCGUUUUAUUAAAGGAAAAGGGGGAUCCACGCAGAAAAGGAUAGAAGAGGAGAUGGGGGUUAAAAUAAUAAUACCUACUUCAAAAGAAGAGGAUUUCAUUUCCAUUGAAGGCAUUUCAAUCGAAAGUGUGAAUUCAGCUUCAGAGAAGAUACAGGCUAUAAUUGAUGAGACUGUUAAUAGUCAAAAUCUUGAUUAUUCACACUUCAUAUCCCUUCCACUGGCAAUUCAUCCUGAGUUAGUUGAUAAACUCAUAAAUUUUCAACACUCAAUAUUGGGAGAUGUUUCUUGCAAAGAUGAAAGUACUGAUACUGAUUCCAGUGAAGAUGAGGGUCCUACUGACACCAAAGAUGUGGAUCAACUGUCAAAGGAAAAUGCUGGUUUUGAAGUUGAACUUAAAGUUGAUGAUAACAGUGAAUUAGUUGACGUUAAUCUUAAUAACAUACCCCUUGUCAGCUACACACCUAAAGCAUCCAAGUCUUCUGCUUCAUCUGAUCUGGGUAUUGACAAAUCUAUUUUCAUCAAACCUAAAACAUUUCACCUUACAGUACUCAUGCUUAAGCUAUGGAACAAAGAGCGAAUUAAGAAAGCCUCAGAGGUCUUGCAGAGUAUCUCCUCAAAAGUUAUGGAAACCUUGGAUAAUCGGCCUCUCUCUAUAAGAUUGAAGGGACUGGAAUGCAUGAGAGGUUCUUUGGCAAAAGCCCGUGUUCUGUAUGCUCCUGUGGAAGAAAUUGGCAGUGAGGGCCGCCUUUUACGAGCUUGUCAAGCCAUUAUUGAUGCAUAUGUUGAAGCUGGACUCGUCUUAGAGAGGGAUGCUAAAAAAACACUGAAGCUACACGCCACUGUGAUGAACGCAAGGCAUAGGAAAAGGAAUAAGCGGACGAGAAAGUUUUAUCCUUUUGAUGCACGAGGCAUAUUCAAGCAAUAUGGAUCAGAGGACUGGGGGGAGUAUCUUAUUCGUGAAGCUCAUCUUUCUCAGAUAUUUUCUUUCGAUGAAAAUGGAUACUAUCAAUGUUGUGCUUCAAUUCCUUUUCCUGAAAAUAUGCUGGUAGAAUGA